CAACAAAAAUCAAGCAAUUCCUUCUUUAAUUUGUCAGAGAGAUAGAAAAAAUUAAGAGGAUGGAAAAAUUCAUUAUUAGUUGUGUUCUUAUAUUGCUAAUGAAUCUACUUAGAGUGGAAUCUGCUGUUUGGCAACAAGCUCAUGCAACUUUCUAUGGUGGAAGUGAUGCCUCAGGAACAAUGGGUGGUGCAUGUGGCUAUGGAAAUCUGAACAUAGAUGGAUAUGGUAUAAAAACAGCUGCAUUGAGUACUGCUCUGUUUAAUGAUGGCAAGUCAUGUGGUGGUUGCUAUCAAAUAGUUUGUGAUGCAAGGAAAGUUCCUCAAUGGUGCCACAAGGGAACUUCCAUUACUAUUACUGCCACAAACUUUUGUCCACCAAACUUUGCACAACCUAGUGACAAUGGUGGUUGGUGUAAUCCUCCAAGACCACACUUUGACAUGUCUCAACCUGCCUUUGAAACUAUAGCUAUUUACAGAGCUGGAAUUGUUCCCAUUUUGUACAGGAGAGUUGGGUGCAAAAGAAGUGGAAACAUAAGAUUUACUAUAAAUGGGAGAGAUUAUUUUGAGCUAGUUCUUAUAAGCAAUGUAGGUGGAGGUGGAGAGAUAUCUAAAGUAUGGAUCAGAGGGUCAAAAAAGAAUAAAUGGGAAUCAAUGUCAAUGAAUUGGGGUGCUAAUUGGCAGAGCCUAAGCUUUCUCAAUGGUCAAAGCUUAUCCUUUAGAAUUCAACUCAAAAAUGGAAAGACUCGUACAGCUAUAAAUGUAGCACCAUCCAAUUGGAAAUUUGGCCAAUCUUUCAAAAGUAAUGUUCAAUUCUAAAUUGAAUAUAUGAAUUAUGGAUUAAUUAUUACUAUGAUAUCACUUUUAUUAUUGUGCAUUCUUAUAUAUAUAUAUAUUGGUUUCUUGUGUAACAAUUAUUUAUAUAUUGUGUAAGGAAUUAUAUAUUCCAAGUGGUUGUUUGUGGCUCAGCAAUAUGUUUUAGUAUUUGCGAUGAAGCCCACCAACUUUGGUAUAAUAAUAUAUUUGUAAUAAUGUGUAUUUUUUAUUUGUAUGAAUACAUUUGUGAGCCAAA